AUGAAUCGACUCGGGCUGUUGUACAAAUCCGAACUCAAUGACGACGCGAAAAGGUUGGCCAACAAAUUUGACUUGUUCGACAAAUCGAGGCCUGGAAAGAAAUCCAUUCGACAACAGGAUGGCCGCUUUAUUGGACCAUUUGGGGUACAGCUGCAUACGCCCAUCCUUGGUGAACACCUGAUAGAAGUGGCCAAUAGCCUUGCACAGCUUCCGGGACUGGAUUUCAAAAAUCGCGAGAUUGCAAUUGUGACGACUGGUGUCAAGUUCAAUGCUGCCUUUGAGCUCCUUGCACAUACCAGACACGCCUUACGCGCUGGUGUUACACAGGCAGAAAUUGAUGCGAUACUACGAGGAGAGAGGCCCGAUACUUUCGAUGACCAUGCUAAGGCUGCCUACGAUGUUGCACAUGAGUUGGUGAAUAGGCCAGGCCCAUUGUCCGAGGAGCAAUGGGCUCGCGCGGUUGAGCUCUUUGGUAAAGAAGGUGCUACCGCCCUCAUCCAUUUCGUGGCCUUCUACUCUAGUGUAUGUGUAGUACUCAAUGGCUUUGACUGCAAGAUCCCUGACGGGGAAGCUUGA